AUGAGCGACUUUCCACCGCCGGGGACCACCAUCAAGACAAGGGGUUUCAGAGAAGUGUGCGAGGUAGAUGGUCGCACAUUUUUCCGGAAAAUGGGUGCACAGGAGUGGACCGAGGACACUUCUAACCCGGAAGAGUUGAAGCCGCCAGUCGAAACCCCGAAUCUCUAUCUCUAUCUCGUGCAAGAAGAACAAGCCCCCGGAGAGCCCAAUCAUUGGGCACUGUUCCUUGCCGACGACAAUGAGCCCGACUACGGCUAUGUUUACCAAGUCACGGGAGAUGCAGAGGAUAUGAAAUACGAACCAUCGGCUGAAAAGGUCAAUGUCGUUGACGCCGGCCUCACUUCCAACGUCUAUACCCUGGCUGUUGUGUCCCAGGAACAGGCCAGGGCAGCCAGGUUGGUGAAACAGGCUGCCGAGGAAGAGCUUCCUCCUCAAGCGGAGAAUCGGAAGUCUGUUACGGAGAACUGUCAGGGGUGGACUGUGCGGGUUAUUGACAGGCUGGUUAAAGAGAAGAUUGUUAUGCCUCAAAAGCUUGAAUUGGUGAGGUCCUUCAUGCAGGCUGUUUGA